AUGGUGUUCAACACGUGGAAAAAGCGGAGUCAAACCAACGCUCAUUGUCGAAAGUUACUUGCUAGUGUGGCAGUGGGGAACCAUCUGCGGUUCCGAUUUAUGUUAUGGCAGCGGUUCACAACGCACCGUAAACGCCUGGAAAACCUGCUCUUGAUAGUCGCAGAUCCAACUACUGUACCCGUUGAGACUCAAGUUGUGAACCUUGAAAAUGGCGACUUAAAGGAUGAUAUUACGGUUAGAGACGAAUUAGAGUACAACUCUAACCGGACUCUAACGGCCGACCAAAAACUCCUUAUUUUAGGCCAAGCUUUAGCGCAGAAAGCUCGCGUUCUUCAGCGGUUCGAAGUGACGUGGGAUCUGCCUCAAACGUGGCGUCGAUGGAGACAGAUUUUCCACGCUCAGCUCUUCUAUCGCAUGCGUCGACAGCAAUUUUUCUUCAUCAAUUGGCAAAGAUUUACGUACGAUCAACGCAGAAAUCGCUUCAUCAUUAUCAAGUUAACAAAUCAACGUCGAGCAGCCUCCAUUCUCACCAUUUUCCUUGCAUGGGCCGAGCUUGUGGCUCGAGUUAAACAGCUGCAAAGAGACCGUCUACGGGAACGAGAGUUGUGGGUUCUAGUGACCACAGAGAUGGCGCGACGAGAGCGACGACAACUCAAGAAACAUUGGCACGCUUGGAGGUUCCAUGUGGGGGAAACUCGCCAUCUUCAGAAAAGUCUGGACGUGUAUUAUCGAGCUCGGUUGCUCACGAAGUUCUGGCUGCUGUGGAAUCACGAUUAUCGUCAAAUAUUACGCGAAACUCGUCGAGAAACACAGAAGAUUAGUGCUCAUUUGCGGAUAUUUUACGUACGUCGAGCAGUCGGAAAGUUACGAAAGUAUCAGCAGCGAUCGAAGCGAGCUCGAUUAGUACUGGAAUACUUGGGGAAUCGACGGUACGAUACUUUACUUCCUGAGAUUUGGACGAAGUGGAGAAGAUGGAGCCAGCGACAGAAGGAAAUGGCUUGGUGUCUUGAUGCAGCACAUGGUUUUCGAUGCAAGAAUGUGGAGCAGCAACGACGUGAAGUCUGGGGACGGUGGAGAAAAUAUGUGAAGAAACGAGUUGCUAAGGACUUGGCGUUGCAAAAAGCAGCCAUCUUCCACAUGGGUACAAGACUUAGAAGAUGGCUACAUCACACUCGAAGUGCGAUUCAAGCCAGUGAACAAGCUGAGACUGCAGCGAUUCAGCUGUGUAUCUGUCGUGGCCACCGCGCACCGCAAUGCACGCAGAGCAACACUUACUACAAAAGAUUUGGCGGUAUUGGAUCCGCGUUACAUUGGCUUGUCAGCUACGACGAGAUGAACAACUGGAACGGGCUGCAGAGCACGAGAUGGCUACAUUGCUACGUCAAAGUUUAG